AUUUCAAUAAUAGCACUAAAAAAAAAAGAAAUCUAAGUUUUUGAACAUUUCCCUUAUGCCCGUUUGCACCGUAAUACAUAAGCAUUGCUUAAAGGCUAAGUAAUGCUUAAGUAGUGAACUUGCGUUGCACCGUCAAGUAACCCGUUCUCAAAAUCAAUAAGACGUUCUCAAAUAUAAGUAUUUGAAAUCCAGUGCUUAAGUUGUUCUCAAGUGCAUACGUCAAAUAGACAUAACCGCACAUAACUUAUACGUUAAAAAAAGUAAUAAAAUAAAAUAAUGGAUCUGCAAAUUUAGAUGUUUUGGAAAUAAUUGAUUUUGGUUUUCCAAAAUUAAUAUACACAAGAUCCAAUUAUUUCCACGAAAUGGACGAAUAUAAUUUUUUUAUAAGAUUUCGUCUAACAAAACAAAGUUGUUUGUAUGUUCUACGACAAAUACAAGAAAUUAUAGAAUUUCCGUCUAAUAAGUAAGUAGUAUACAUUAUUUUAAAUUAUACUUUUAUAGGCUGAAUUUAGAUUAUUUUAAUACUACUUAUUUUGUACAGAAACAACUGUGUGUCUCCAAUGAACCAGUUGCUAACAACCCUUAGAUUUUACGCUUCUGCUAGCCAUUUAACUAUUGUAGCUGAUUUUACCGGGAUGCAUACUUCAACAGCUAGUAGAAUUAUAUCGCGGGUAUCGCGUGCAAUUGCUAUGCUGAGACCGCAAUACAUAAAAAUGCCAAGUAAUACCGAAGAAAUUCUAGCACUACAAAACCAGUUUUAUGGAAUAGCUGCAUUUCCCAGGAUUAUAGGUGCCAUUGAUUGCACGCACAUAAAAAUUCAGUCUCCUGGUGGCGAAGAUGCAAAAGUGAAAACUGCAGAAACUUUUCUGUUAAUGUACAAGUUAUUGUAAAUGCAAAUUUGGAAGCCAUGGAUAUUGUGGCAAGAUGGCCAGGAUCUGUUCACGAUUCAACUAUAUUUAAUAAUAGUCGGAUUAGAGCACGGUUAGAAAACGGAGAUUUCCAAAAUGGCAUAUUAUUAGGCGACAGCGGAUAUCCUCUGCGAGAGUAUUUUCUAACUCCAUUGGCAGAGUGUAGAACAAGACCAGAAGAACUGUAUAAUGAAGCUCAUAUAAGAACUCGAAAUACAGUGGAACGGUUCUUUGGAAAUUGGAAACGUCGAUUUCCUGUCCUUGCAUAUGGCCUACGUUUGAAAAUUUCCACUGUGAUGGAGGUUAUUGUAGCAACGGCAGUUCUACAAAAUAUUACCAGAACAGUUAUGGCCGAAGAAAAUGUUGCUGUUUUGCCACAUGACAUUAAUGAAGCAGAUUUAAAUGUUCAAAUUGAGGCUGGCCGUGUGGAGAUGAAUAAUAUCGGCAAUAAUGGGAUACAUUAUUUAAGAGAUAAUUUAAUAAAUAACUACUUUAAUGAUUUAUAAAACAAUUUAUUAUAAAAAUAACUAUUUUUCAU